UUUCCGGCAGAAGAUGGGUUUCUGGACUUUGUUAGAAGCUUUUCUGCUCUUUGCAAAUGCAUUGGCAAUAUUGAAUGAGGAGCGCUUCCUUGCUCCAAGAGGAUGGACACUAGCAGAAAUGACAGGACAUAGGAGGAAUUCGCUUAAAGGGCAAGUGAUAAGACUCAUAUAUGCCUGUCAAUUCUUGAGACUUCCCUUUAUACUUAUCAAUAUGAUCACUAUUAUAGUGAAACUGUUCAGCGGAUAACUUGA